AUGCAUAUCCAGUCGAUUCCUAUGUGGACGGGGAAGGGCAACAACUAUGCCUAUCUGGUGACAGAUGAGCCCACGAAGCAUUCCGUUAUCAUUGACCCUGCCAAUCCUCCUGAGGUGGCUCCAGAGCUGAAGUCCCAGAUCGACUCUGGAAAGAUUGAUCUAACUGCCAUCGUCAACACACACCACCACUGGGAUCAUGCCGGAGGUAACGAUGACAUGCUGAACCAAUUUGGCAAGCUGCCUGUCAUUGGUGGCAAGAACUGCCAGUCUGUCACACAGUCCCCGGCUCACGGAGAAACAUUUAAGAUUGGAGAGCGGAUUACAGUGAAGGCACUGCACACCCCGUGCCACACACAAGAUAGCAUCUGCUAUUUCAUGCAAGAUGGAGACCAGCGCGUUGUCUUCACCGGUGACACUCUUUUCAUUGGCGGCUGCGGUCGUUUCUUUGAAGGAAAUGCCGAAGAGAUGCACAAGGCGUUGAACGAGACGCUGGCAUCCCUACCUGAUGACACCAAGGUCUACCCCGGCCAUGAGUACACCAAGGCGAACGUCAAGUUCUGCGUUCAUGUGUCUCAGUCUGAGCCGAUCCUGAAACUCCAGGCAUUUGCCGAGGCAAACCAGCAAACACAAGGCAAAUUUACCAUUGGCGACGAGAAGCUUCACAAUGUGUUCAUGCGUGUCAAUGACCCCGAGAUCCAAAAAGUCACCGGAAAAACCAACCCAGUCGAUGUUAUGGCAGCUUUGAGAGAGAUGAAGAAUUCCAUGUAG